GUCGACAUCGACUUUUUGACAGCGUUCGGCUUUUUUUGUAAACAAAACACCUAACUCCUUGUUAUCACAACAUUACUAACUCAGGGGCAGUCCGUACAAAACCAUGCCAUCGUAGGCAUUGCGGUCAAUUUUGUAGAGACACAUCAUCACAAUGACUGCCAUCCUCGGCGCCGGUAUCAGUGGACUGGCGGCAGGCCAUUACUUGCUCAGGAAAACACCGACUCUACCUCUUACCAUUUACGAAGCAACGGAUCGUAUCGGUGGUUGGAUUCGUUCAGAACGCAGCCCCGACCAUGGAUACGUGUUUGAAGCCGGACCGCGCACCAUUCGUCCUAAGGGCCCAGCGGCAAGCAACACGCUCGAGCUGAUAGAAGAACUUGGCCUUACCGAUCAGGUGUACUCCAUUAGCUCCAACCAUACGGCCGCCCGGAAUCGUAUGAUUUACGCGAAGGGCAAAUUGAAUCUGCUUCCCAACUCACUCGGAGGCGUGCUGAAAACGGUGCCGCCCUUCACGAGACCUCUGUACUUUGCCGCCUUUCACGAUCUGCUGGCCGGCCGGUCCAAAACUGCGCUGACCGAUGAAUCUAUGUACUCGUUCGUGGAACGAAGGUUCGGCAAGGAGAUUGCGGACUACGCGGUCAGCUCGAUGCUGUGCGGCAUUUGUGCCGGGGACGCUAAACAGAUCAGCGUUAAAUUUCUCAUGAAAGAUCUUUUCGAGCGCGAACAGCGCCAUGGCGGUGUAAUUGUGGGGCUGCUCAAGGAGGCACUUCAGAAUCGGAAAAAGAAACAACCGCAGAGCGUUAAAAAGCCCGCCACCCAGAUGGCACGGUUGGCCGACAGGGCAAAGGCGGAGAAUUGGAGCAUCUAUUCGAUCCGUGGCGGUUUGCAGACGUUGCCGGAAACGUUGGCCACCGAUCUGCAGGCAAAGGGCGCAUCGAUCGUAACGGGCACCAAGUUCGAAGAGCUAACCUUCGACGGAGACCGGGUGGUGCUGCGGGUCGAUGGGAAGGAGCAGCUGCUGCAGCAUCUCGUUAGCAGCAUCCCGAGCUACAAGCUGGCCAAGCACGUCCAGAAGCAACACCCCCAGCUGGCCAGCACGCUGAGCAGCAUCCCGUUUGUGGACGUAUGCGUGAUCAAUCUGCGGUACCGGAGGGGCGAUUUGUUGCAGCAAGAUGGCUUCGGCUUUCUGGUGCCUCCGAUCGAAAACCUACCGAUACUGGGUGUCAUUUUCGACAGCUGCUGCUUCGACAUGGACGACAACACGGUGCUGACUGUGAUGAUGGGAGGAGCGUGGUUCGAGCAGUGGUUCGGGAAAAACCCGUCCGACGAGCAUUUGCUCGGGGUCGCACUCGAGCACAUUAAGAAGAUCUUGCACAUUGAGCAGCAGCCCGACAGUUACAAGGUAAACUUGCUACGCAAAUGCAUUCCCCAGUACACCGUUGGCCACCAGGAUCGGGUGAAGGCCAUCCGGGCGUAUGUAGAGCAGCAUCGGCUUCCGCUGUCGCUGUGCGGUGCUUCGUACGACGGUGUAGGGGUGAAUGACGUUAUACUAUCUGCUAGGAAGAAUGUUGAGACGAUACAACAAUAAAAACGACAGCCACUAUUCUUCUCUUCGAUGUAUGUUGCAGGCGGGAUUUGGUUUCGGGAGCACACACGCACUGCCUAUUUAAGUCUGAUACUUGAUUCACAAUAAAGAUAUGUUUUUGACAUACUGGUAACUCUUUGAAAGACAGUGAACAA